AGUUGCUGUUGCAGCCUCGAGAACAAUGCUUGUCAGAAUGUGCAUUGGCUUCUGACCAUGGUGGCCACUGCAAGGAUGCGGCUGAAACUGUUGCCAUGUUCAAUGGCAUUUGCUGUGGCAUGCCAUUUGCUGCGACACGGAUUGAACAAUUCAGAAGGGUUUGUUGGCAACAACUGGUUCAGCUGCGGCCGUGAGAAUCCAGUGGCUCUAUCAGCUUACAAGCCGAUUUUGCGACGGGACCCGAAAUUGAAUGUGAAGCUUCAAGCGUGGAUCCGGCAGCAGCUUCGCCUCGUGAAACGUCAAGAGGCUGGAGGCUUCUCAGAACCUAACGAGAGAAAGAGGCUGUACUUGAAGAAACUUGGUUUGGACAAAAAAGCUGACGAAUUGGAACAACAGAAACUUCAGCCUCCGUGGCAUUUGAAUCAUAUCGUUGCGGGUGACAAAUUUGUUGGUUAUUUCCAGCAUCCCGAAUUGUUUGACGGAGAGCAGCUGGAUUUGACUUUGGAGGCAGUAUCUGAGUCUGAAGGAACCAUGAUCUCCAAGAGGGGAGAUUUUGAUGAAACAAUGAAGCUUGAACAGGACUACCCCAUUGCGUUUCAGUCUGGCGAGCAGAAGGACAAUGAUAUGGCAGCCUAUACAUUUCACAAGUUCAAUGAAGGCUGGAGAAAUUUUGAAACUCCGAUGCCAUCAGAGGCUGACUGUCAGCACUUGACCUUGCCCAUGCUGAGAUUGUUCUUCAAGCAGGUGGCUGAUGUUGAAGGUUUCCCAUCUGAAAGCGAGUUUGCUGAGAGCUGCACGGAUGCUUCAAAGGGUAUGACCAGGGAGGAGUUUUUGACUUAUUUGCGCGCCGAAUCUCCAGACUACCUAGAGAAGUCCUUCAAAGGAAUUUUCACGGGGCGACGACUUCGCUUGAGGGAUGAGACAUUGGACUUUGACGGCGAUUUUCAAUCAGAUGCAAAGAACUUGAUCUACGGCUUUGUCUCUUUCAAUGGCAAGCCUGGUGGAACAUUCAAUCUAGAAUUGACAAAGGAAAAGAAAUAGAGCCUAUUUGGAGUUCCAUGCAGGAAGCCUGACUUACUAGUGUCCGCCUAGCCAAAGAAAAAGCUAGUGGAGGAUGUGGAAGGCUUGUUCAGGGCGGUUGCUUAAAGCUUUAGAUACUUGUGUGCACUUCUUUGCGCCAGUUCAAGUGAUGCGGUUUCAGUGCAGACUUGGUGCAGCAAGACAAGCAAGCAAGCACGCAAGCCCUGAUGCUCCAAGACUCAACCCAGGUAUCGAUCAUUGGCU